GUGCUGUCAAACCCGCGGCCGCAGAAACGUCAAAAAGACCAAUCUUUGUCAAACACACAUUUGCCGAACGUAAACAAACUAUUGCUGCUCAAGAUGAGUACGGAAGACGCAGCUCCCGAUCCCGUCCCGGUCGACGAAGAUGCACAGCUCUAUCCGUACUGCUAUCUGUGCCACUUCCCAGCCCUUCAGGAUGGAUUUUACCAUCUGUUUGCCGAGCCGGACGAGUCCCUAUCGCGGGCAAAGAUACUGGGCGACAUCCUAGACAUCGAGCUAACGCCGGAACUGUGUCAUUCCCAGAUCAUUUGUGUGAAUUGUAAUAUGCAAUGCCUCGAGUAUCAUUCGCUCGUUCAGCGCAUGGAAGCCAUACGGACAAAGCUAACGAUGACCUACAAUCAAACCGUAAUGAAGCUUACCGGCCUGACGGAAAAGGAUCUUAAAGAGGGCCUCGUGGCAGUAGAAGACGGUGGCAACUUGGAAAAUGAUCUCCAAACUUUCAACAAGGAUUUUCUUUCGAUGGAAGAUAUGUUUGGCGAUAUGGAAGCGCUGAACCCGGAUGACAUACACCUUAAUUCAUCCAGCGAGCAGCUUGAUAGUGAGCUGCCCAAAUUGGGUAUCGAGUGGGAAACGAUAACAGAAUCAAAUGAAGGAAGUAUGCCAUCCAUUUCUCUAAUACGUCCCACAGCUGCGCUGGGAGAAGAAACUCCCCAUCCGGUUGGGCAUGUUAAGGAAGAAUUGUUUACACCUCCUUCGGAAGAAAGUGAGCAGCUGCAGCCGAUCGAUUCGGCACUGAUGGAGGAAAACGCUCCAGAAGCGUCACUUAUUGGGAAGCUAGAGCAGGCCACCUCAAAGUUGCUGCCAAUUGAUACUGACGACACGCAAAUCGUUGGUCAGGAACUGUCCGAAGAGGAAACGCUGCACCGGUUUAUGCUCGAAUCGAACGAAACGAUCGUUGAAGUGGCUGGUGAAGAUGGCACUUCGAUUUACUGCGUUUAUAAUGACGUCAUAGAAACACUCAGUGAUACGGAGGAACAGUCUGAGACGGUAACGAAGGCGCUGGAAAGUGUCAAUGCCGGAAGUUUGUUAGAGUAUGAUGAUGUGAUUGUUGAUAGUGCAUCGCAGAUCAGCGCGCACGAGGCGUAUGAGAUUGGGGAAUCAACGUCAUCCGCCUCGCUGAUGUUGGAAAACGCGAAUGUGGCCAGAUCGCGUUCACCGUCACCAUCUCAGCAGGAGGAACCUUUACAACCGUUUUACGUUAAAGUUGGAACCGACUACUACUGUACCGUUUGCUCAACGGACGAUCCGGUUAAGGCGGACUGUCUGAAAAGCAUGGCGCACCACUUGGCCGAAGAGCAUGGUCAACAAACGCACCUGUGCGAGUUGUGUGAUGUCAUAUUUUUCCAGAAACCAUCUUACGUCGCCCAUUUAGCCGAACACAGCGCCUCCGACGAUCAGGACAUGGAACGCGGCGUCCCAUUAAGCUGCAACGUGUGCAGCGAAACUUUCACCAGCAAGCGCGCCCUUGAGCUGCACCGCAAAAUGCAUCCGCGAACGUCGCACGUCACGAACAAGAUCUGGAGCUGCGAGGUUUGCAACAAGAAGUAUACCUCGAAAGCGUUCUACGAGGUACACAUGAACAAAAGUUCUUCACGCAGCACAAUUUAA